ACUGGCGGGGAUAACAAGGACGUGUGGCAGAAUGCGAUCCGUGGGCACAAAACGUUUCACGAGUGUUGGGCUGCCUGUUUAGACGAAAAAGACUGUAUGGCCUUCGUGUAUAAGAUAUCAAAUGUAAAAAUGUCUGGGUCUGGAAGAUUCUGACAUUUGUCAUGCACGUUUUGCAUGAGCCAUGAUGUCUGUGAUGCAUACCCUAGCAAUACAGAUUUUUUGAGGGCUUCUUGAUGCCUAUUCCGCAUGACAAAUGCCUCCUCAGCGUAGCAAAAGUUGCAUUCUGUUUGCUACUCAUGCAAUACAGAUUUUUUUGGAAUCCAAAUACAGCAUCACAAGUUACAUUCUUCCAGACCCAGACAUUUUUACAUUUGAUAUAAGAAAAAGCUCACCGUCGACUCCGCGGAAGACAACUGCUUGCUAAAGUCGCGCCUGCGACUCGAGACCGCGACGUACACCAAUGACGAAUCCGCUUGCUGCGACUCUGUGCUGAUGCCCCCCAACUGCAAGGAAAAGGUGAAAGCGGUGAAAGAUGUUGACCAGUCGGAUGGAGGUCGUGCCUAUCAAAUGCAAGAAUGUCUGGGUCUGGAAGAUUGCGAGAUUUGUGAUGCAUAUUUCGGAUCACGCAAAUGGCGUCUGAUGCAGGCAAAAGCAUGACAGGUUUUGAGCACGCCUCAUGAUGCCUGUCCCGCAUGAGAAACUUCCUACCUGCGUACCAAGAAAUGGACAGCUUUUGGCGCUCAUGCAACACAAAUUUCUGUGUGUUGCAGAGUUUGCAUGACAAGUUCCAACUCUUCCAGACCCAGACAUUUUUGCAUUUGAUAGUGCCCCCGCCCAGCCGACGUGUUUUCUUCUCGACGACGCUGACCGUGUAUGAAAGUGCACAACUCCCCUCCCCCUCAUUUGUCAUGCAAAACACCAAAUCCACGUCCUGCCUUUGGGCAUUAUCUGCAUGCCAAAUUUGGGAACCUCAAACAGCACUACGACCUGUAUGCAGAUUUGUCAUGCGGAAGUCACAUGUCUGCGGUUACUUGUGUUGCUGUUCAUGCAAUACAAAUGAGGGGGAGGGGGAGUUGUGCGCCCUUAUACCGUAAAUUUGCCGUGGAACAGAAUGAUCCCAGCGCUGAUACCUUCGCCGUGGAGAUGACCGCCGCCUGUCGGCAGUCAAAACAGACCAAGUG